UUGAUUAUUAUUAAACUUGUUGGCACUUCUGACUGAAUAAGAGGUGCUGCUUGAAAAUGGUUUUAUCCAGUACCAUUAUUCUUUCUACUUCUCCAUUUCCAUCCCCUUCCGUACCAACUUCAACGGUUGUCAAGUUGGAAACUUUUAAUGGUGGGGUUAUCGGAAUUAGAGGAGUUACUGCUUCUUCAAUGGCAUCCGGAAAUCGAAAAUUAGCAACUUGUUAUGUUUCGGGAGAUGGCAAAGGUGCCUCUGUUGAGACUGAUGUACCUUUCCCUAUUGAUUACUCUGAGCUUCUGGAACAAGAAACAAGAAUCAAAGUUACACACACCAAACUGAGGAGGCAAUCUAUUAUAGAGCCUGUAAUGAACAACAAUCUUAUACAGGAGAUUGAGUUUCCCACAGCUGGACUUGCAUCCGUACCAGGUGAUGGUGAAGGUGGAAUAGAGAUGACUGAGAGCAUGCAAUUGAUUCGUGAAUUUUGCGACCGCUUCAUUAUUUCAGAAAAAGCCACACGAACAAGAAUAUUUUUUCCAGAGGCUAGCGAAGUUGACUUUGCCAGACAAUCAGCCUUUAGUGGAGCUUCUUUUAAAUUGGACUAUCUCACAAAGCCUUCAUUUUUUGAAGAUUUUGGUUUUGUUGAGAAAGUAAAAAUGUCAGACAGAGUGAAGGCAGGAGAUGAACUUUUCUUGGUAGCCUACCCAUAUUUUAAUGUCAACGAAAUGCUUGUUGUGGAAGAGCUUUACAGAGAGGCUGUUCUGAACACUGAACGGAAACUGAUUAUUUUCAAUGGAGAACUCGAUCGUAUAAGAUCUGGUUAUUAUCCACCGUUCUUCUACCCAAAGCUUGCUGCACUUACGAAGACCUUCCUACCUAUGGCGGAAACUGUGUAUUACAUUCAUAAUUUCAAGGGUCGCAAUGGAGGAACACUUUUCAGGUGCUAUCCAGGACCUUGGAAGGUGCUCAGAAGAGUGGGAAGUAAUAAAUAUGUUUGUCUACAUCAGCAGGAUACUAUGCCAUCCCUCAAGGAAGUUGCCCUUGAGAUUCUUCCUACAACUUGAUAAUUCAGGAAACCGAAUUGGUAAUCAAUUCUAGUUUCUUUCGUGCCGUAGCUUAGUUAAAUCCAUAUCGGUGUCAUUUUCAGAGCUACAAUAUUGUUUUGAUUUAUAUGCCUUUUAGACAAGAAACAAUAUUGGCAAUAACUUCAUGUCAAUAAAGAACAACUCACCCUACUUUUUUGUUUACGAGGAAGGAAGAUUGAUGAAAAGCAAGUUUAUUAAAACAAAGAAGAAUCUUUUAUGUUAAUAUAAUUUAUGUACUGAUGAGCAACAGGGGUUGGUCUCCAGCUCCUUAUGUAGUAGAGAUUUAGAAAGAAGUCUACAGUUGGCAUUUGAUUAACGAAGUAUUGAAGUUGUGGCCCAAAGGAAUGGAAUUUUCUAGCAAAAAAUGGUGUCAAUAGAAAGAAGUCUACACUUGGCAUUUGUGCGUCUAUGUACUAUUGUGCAGAACUUUAUCGGACAAUCAUUGAAUUGAUGUGUUUUUGUUAGAAUACUAAUGAAGAUAGUUUUCUAUAUUUUGAGGCACUGUU